ACCUCUAUCUAAAAAGUAGCUCCGCUCGUGAUGAACUGAUUUUAUAAUGACGAUAAUAUGAAUGAGCCGAACUUUUAACAAGCGAAACGAAAAAAGUGAAACAAGUGAAUACCACGCCAAACAGGGCAUUAAUUGGAGGUCUCAAAAAGUAAACAUAAUCCAUCAGCCAAAAUUAGAUUACACCUCAUGCGCUCUUUGACGGCGGUGGCGGCACCUUUCCACCCUACUCCGGGUCUAUCGGAAACGGCCUUUAUACCUCAUCUAUGAGAUAGAGGUAUGGUCUCCGUACAUUCUAUCCCGGAGGACCCUACUUUGUGGGAAUACACCGAUCACAUUCUACUAAUUAGAAGAUGGUAUUUUAUCGUGGUGUAAAACGUCCUAUUUCAAUCAUAUACAAGAGUUUAAAUAGUUCUAUAUGUUUUGGACACGGCUAUUCUACCUUGAGACGUAAUGGAAAUUCCAUUGCCGAGUCUAGAGGAUAUUUUCACAAACAUGGGAAUGGGCCUAGAACAUUUGCAGUCUCUAUUAGGGGAUAUUCAGCCGAGAUUUCCUCGUCGGAGCAGAUGAACUUAAUAAAGCUGCUGAGAGAAAGAACAAGUGCUCCAAUAAAAGAAGUCAAAGCUGCUCUUGUCACUAGCAAUUGGGAUAUUGAGGCUGCUCAGAAAGACCUAAGAAAAAGAGGGAUAGUUCUUGCAUCAAAGAAGUCGUCUCGAACUGCUGCUGAAGGGUUGCUUGCCUUGGCACAGAAUGAAAAGAAGGCAGCUGUGAUUGAACUUAACUGUGAAACAGAUUUUGUUGCAAGGAAUGAAAUUUUUCAAUACUUGGCCUCAUCUUUGGCAAAAUUGGCAUUGCUGCUUGAAGGCUCAGGACAGUCUUUUGCUGCUUUUCCUGUUGGACAUCUGGAGGAGUUGAAGCUGAACCUUGACCAUCCUAAAUUGAGUGGAGAAAAAAGUGUGCAAAAUGCAAUAGCUGAAGUAGCUGCAAUGAUGGGGGAGAAUGUCAAACUAAGAAGAGGGUUUGCAGUGUCUGCUCCAUCGCUUGGUGUGAUAUCAACGUAUCUACAUACAAGCCCUCGGCCAGGUGUUGGACGUAUUGCCGGGAUGUUAUCACUUGAAGUAGAAGAUAAGAAUGUCUCACAAGAUGCACUUCAGCGUGUUGGAUCAGAAUUAGCAAUGCAUGUUGUUGCUGCAAAGCCAUUGUUCUUGACGAAAGAAGAUGUUUCCUCUGAUGCGCUACACAAUGAACGCGAGAUUCUCAAAUCUCAGGCAGAGAGUUCCGGGAAGCCUCAGAUUGCCAUAGAAAAAAUGGUUGAAGGUCGUUUGCGCAAGUAUUUUGAGGAAGUAGUUUUCAUGGAGCAGAAAUUUAUUGUGAAUGACACAAUGAGUGUCAAGACAUUGUUAAGCAAUCUAUCCAAGGAUGUUGGUUCACCCGUUAAGAUAGGAAGCUUUCUAAGAAUGGAAGUUGGCGAAGGACUUCAGGGGCUUGAAGCAUCGACUGAAAGUGAACCUUUUGCUAAUGCUGCUUGAGAUGAAUAACUGAUGUUACGAUCGUGAGAGAACUCCCCAAGACACUCUACUUGCUAGUUUUUGAUCUUCUGAUUAUAGUCUUCAUGAUGGCACUGCAGAACGGAGUCUAUACGCGCUAGCUUACCCUGAGGAGGUUUUGUAUUACACUUUUGAAUUUUCAUAGUCAAUAGUGUAAAAGAAUAAGGUCUUGAUUGAUCUAGCGUUUUGGUCUACUGGUAAGAGAGCAACACGUGAUGGUGGGUUAGGUUCAUAUCAUGGAUAGUAGACUGAUAACUAAGAGGAGUGUACAAGAGUAUGAUGUUUACUAAUUACUAGUCUGACUAUUCAUCAUGAAAGUGAAGUCCCUUAAUGCUUUCAUUUCA